UUUUCUUUUACACUUAAUUAUAGACUGUAAACUACAUAUCUGUCUCUCCCUAACAAAUUGAAUCUGCUAAUGAGCCAGUUUUGAUUUAAUCUUACUUUAAUUUAGCAGAAAUAUAUGAACAUUAUCUUCCAUGUUCUAUAUUACAAACAGUUACAAACUCGGCACUUGGGGAUUGUUUUGGAUCAGUUCCUUCAACUCAUUUACUUGGCCUGGAACUGACAAACAGAGAGUAGAACACAGAGAUCCUGGUUUCUGCCAAGAUCUCUCCGUGUGUACUGUCAUGAGAAUCCAAGACCAACUCCUGGGGAGGUCUCCACUUGUGAGGGGUCAACAGCAGUAGACACGAGGCCCGUGGUGGAUUUGGGUCAAAGGUUAACUUAAACCUCAUCAUGAAAAGACCCCACCUGGCUCAACUUCCUGAAUUUGUUCGUCAGUCACCCCAUGCAACGUCUGUGAUCAACGCAUGAACUCCGGGUUGUGAAACAACUGGAACUUUGGAGCAGCGCCUCUUUCACUGUUCCUCUUGUGCCUUCCUUUUUUUCUUCUUUCCCCUGACUGUCCCCCCUCCUUCCCCUGCCAACUCCCACCAACUCGGAGCUCCUCCUCUGCUGAAAAGACACAUUUCCUGAUGUCAUUACUAAAUCAAAAUGCUGCUCUGCAAACAGAUGUUGUGAGAGGCCCAACAUGUGGAUUCAGUGACAUAAAUUAACAAGUUGGUCGUGAGAAAACAACCGUACACUACAUUUUUCAUUCAAUCACUGAAACCACCUCUCUCACAGUGCUCUUUAAAGUGGCGAGUGAUGACAGGGAACGACCGCACAGAGGUAGCACCUCAUCAGUUAUUUAAAAAAAACUAAAGUUUCCAACGCUUGUUUUGGAAAUAUUAGUUAGUUGGCCUCUUAAGCAGCUGGUCAGCACAGACUAAUAACUUCUUUUUUCUUUCUUAAUUAACCGAAACAUGAAAUCAUUGCUGUCUGCGCAGCACACCGUGCAGAGUCAUGAUUACAUCCACCCCAAAAAGCUAAGCCCUAAAUGUUUACUUAUGUUUCCUAUUUGGCAGAGGCAGCCCAAAAGGCAAAUAAAUUACAUGCUGUGAGCUGGCCAGGCCUUUGACUGUGAGAAACUGAGACUAAAAAGCAGAACAAGAGUUAAAGAGUAAAGGGUUUUCAGAUGUGAGUCCAGCCCAGCUUGGGUGUGCUCCCUUUUAUUUGGGAGAAUGGAGAGGACAAUCUUUGUUGCCUCCACCCCGUUAAAAAAGGAAGAAAAUCCUCAGGAAACGUGUGUUGGAGAGGGGAAGAGCGGCUGCCAAGGCGCAGGGCCGUCAGACAGAUCUUCGGAGAACAUCUGGUAACCGCGGGUAACACUGUUUGGACAUCUGGUAACCGAAAGGUUACACUGCGUCUCUUCCAUCCUGUCGGGUUUCCUGUUAUGCCUCGCUGUACACAGUCUAAGAAGUUUAGGUUUAUUAUACAUGGUCACCGGUUGGGGAAAACGCACCUUUAUUCAUUUUUUCUGACAUGAAGGGAGCACUUGGUUUCAUUGGGGUAUUCCUCUCCUUUCUCUGCGAUGCCACUCAUGGAGACUCAACCUUGUCAUUUACUUGUGGGAAUCAUUCUCACAAUUGUAUGGCGUACUGCAGCCUCUGUGAUCAGUUUUAUGGUGCACCAACAACGAUUUGCCUUUCCGAUCUGCUUGACCAUCUCUGUCUCCACAAAUUCUACACCACAAUGACAUCACUGAACAGCACUGACUGGUGCACUUGGAGCAAUGUGAGCGGUUUGUAUAGUAACCUAAGCCUGUGCACAGAGGAGAUAUCCGACUGUCUAGAGAUCCCGUGGCCCAACCCGCUGGUGGAGCAGACCUUUGUGAACAUUCACUCCAAGUUUUUCAAGGAUUGUCCCUCAGAGGAGCUAAGCGACCCACCACCAGUCAUCGUCUUUGCCCUGGUGAUAACUCCCAUCUGCCUGAUCCCUGUCAUGGUUAGCCUUGUGGUGCUUAAGACCAAGAAUGGGGACGGCAGCUCCUGAAAGUCCCAAAUCUUCUCAAAAUCAUCAAGAAUAUCAUGUUUUCCCCUUUCCCAACCUGAGGCCGGAGCUGUGUUUUUUGAUCUCACCAGUGACCUUGCAGAGCACUGAGACAUCUGAGAUAUCCACGGAGGAACCCCUUCGAGGAGAUGACACUGAUUAAGAGUGAAUGUCAUAAUCAGUGGCAUCACAAUGAUUGUGUCAAUAACAAUCUCCCCGAUGCUAACAGAGACGUACUGUGACAACAUCUACGUUAUUAUAAGUUCCUGUAACGUGCUGUGAGAAAAGUCUUGUUUUAUAACCACUCGAGAUCUGAAGAUGUCUACUGGUCACAUCCAAUUUGCAGACACUAUUUAGAAAACGGAGCUUGAUCUUUACUGGAGAACCCAAGUAUUCAGGGUUAUAACGACAAAAGCUGUGAAGCUUGUAAAAGUAAAAAGUCCUCAUUGUGUUGGACAGUAGUUGUGAUGCUCAAAGACAAGGUAAUUUUUUAUUACCGAAACUCUGAACUCUCCAGUCACUCAAACUUAACCCUGCUUUGAGCCACUAACUCGACAAUGUAUGCAAAGGACAUGUGCAACCUAGACUUUUUUUCAGUGUGAAGUUGAUACAGGUAUGUGUCCAUGUUUGGUCUAGGAAAGGGGUCCUCUAUGUGUGUACAGAAAGAACAGGAAAAUGAGUGUAGCGUGAUGCAUGGAUCUGGUUAUGUGAGUCGUAGCGUUUGGGGUCAGAGGUUACAGAUGGGACACAAUGCCCAGAAAGGAAGAUGUCUUUUCCUGGUAUUGUCAAUUUUCAAAUACUUCAGCACCUGAUUUACAGACCGUGUUCACCGACAAUCCUCAGGCAAAGUUUUUCAAACAUCUCCAUCCAGUUCAGACAGACGGACAGACAGACACACAGACAGACGGACAGACAGACAGAAAGACAGACAGACAUAUGGACAGACAGACACACAGACAGACGGACAGACAGACAGAAAGACAGACAGACAUAUGGACAGACAGACACACAGACAGACGGACAGACAGACAGAAAGACAGACAGACAUAUGGACAGACAGACACACAGACAGACGGACAGACAGACAGAAAGACAGACAGACAGACAUAUGGACAGACAGACACACAGACAGACGGACAGACGGACAGAAAGACAACAGACAGACAGAAAGACGGACAGACGAACACACAGACAACAGACAGACAGAAAGACGGACAGACGAACACACAGACAACAGACAGACAGACGGACAGACACACACACACACAGACAACAGACAGACAGAAAGACAGACAGACGGACAGACACACACACACACACACACAGACAACAGACAGACAGAAAGACGGACAGACGAACAUACAGACAACAGACAGACAGAAAGACAGACAGACGGACAGACAGACACACACACACAGACAACAGACAGACAGAAAGACGGACAGAGGAACACACAGACAACAGACAGACAGAAAGACAGACAGACGGACAGACAGACACACAGACAACAGACAGACAGACGGACAGACAGACACACAGACAACAGACAGACAUAAAUACAACAGACAGACAAAAAGACGGACAGACGGACACACAGACAACAGACAGACGGACACACAGACAACAGACAGACAGAAAGACAGACAGACAGACAGACAGACGGACAAACAGACAGAUAAUUGUCUGUGCAGCCUAGCGAUAAACACUGAGCAACGACACAAAGAUAUAAGUGUUAUCUUUCGCCUGAAUCAUGAAAAUGUGGUUAUGUUCUGUCAAGUGCCUUCACUUUUGGAUCAAAAUGUGUAUUUAUAUAAUGUGUUAUAAUUAUGCCAUUGUCAAAACUUAGUGGACUUACUGUACUCUUUCUGUGGACUUACUGUAGAACACAUUAUGCCUGUUCUCACACCAUUUACUGUAUGUAUUUUGAUAUACUUUGAUAUAUUUUAGACAAUUAAAUCUAUAGUUGGAUUGUC